UCAUCUGCUGCGACCAUGAAAAAGAAGGCGGCAGGCGGUAGCGGAUGUAGCCACAUCAGCGCGCCCAAAGCUGCCACGUCCAAUUGUACGAGAAGCAAAAGCAGCAAUUGUGUUGAGUCUGCCCCCGCUGCAGCUGCCAGCCAGAGCGCCCCGAAUGUGAAGCAGCCCGGCGUGGCCAGUAACGCUGUCAUAGACGGUGCGGAGGACGGUGAGGACGAGUCCAAGUUUCAGUAUCCGCGGCUGCGCCGAACCGGGGGGAGCGGCAGUGGCGGUGGAGGCGGUAGUAUCAGGAUGAAGAACUUUACGCCAGGAGGGGGAGCCGCGGCCACGGCUACCAGAAAGAACUCCACCAACAACGAGCCCAUCCUACUGCAAACAGAGGGUGCGCCUGCUGCUACUAAGCCCACUGUAGCAUCCAAAGCGACUGAUACCACAACCUGUCCGGGAGAUGCUGCCGGGCGCUGCGAGACCAACAGAGCGGCAGGGGCGGAGGCGUCUGGAGCAGCGGUCGCAGUAGAGGUUUUAAACGCGACAGCAGGCGAUGCUUGUAACAACAGCACCGCUCCAAUUUCAAGAAUGAAAUGCAACAAAAACGGAGAAUGCAGGAGGGACUCCGGCACCGGGAGCCUGCGCUCGAUCAUCUCCAACAAGACUGCCGGGGCGGGGAGAGCCGAGGACGCGUCCCUUAGGCGUGGUGCCUGUAACUCAGCCAGGGCCAGCAUGGAUGGCUCCGCGACAGGCUCCAUGACGCAGGGCCAGGGGGAAGGUAGCGCAAACCCCAGCGUCACCCCUGUUUCCACCGGCGUCCCCGAGAAAAAGGACUCCAGGGUGUCCUUCUCCAACGCGCCAAGCAGGAAAGCCUCCUCAUCGCUGCACGGAUCGACCCAGACCCAGACGACCCAGCAGCCUAGAAACUCUGUCACCUUCCAGAAGCCGGAGGAUGGACCCCAGAUCCAGGCCGAGGAUGCCGAUGCUGACGGAAGCACCUUCAUGCAACGACAAUUCAGUGCCAUGCUGCAGCCUGGAGUUAACAAAUUCUCCUUACGCAUGUAUGGGAGUCAAAAGGCGGUGGAGAGGGAGCAAGAGCGGGUUAAAUCAGCGGGCAAUUGGAUUAUCCACCCCUACAGUGAUUUCAGGUUCUACUGGGAUUUCACGAUGCUUCUCUUCAUGGUGGGUAACCUGAUUGUCAUCCCGGUGGGCAUCACCUUCUUCAACGAUGGGACGACCACCCCCUGGAUCAUCUUCAACGUCAUCUCCGACACCUUCUUCCUCAUGGACCUGGUCCUCAACUUCCGCACUGGCAUCAUCAUCGAGGACAACUCUGACAUCAUCCUGGACCCCAAGACCAUCAAGAAGACGUACCUGAAGACCUGGUUCAUCGUGGACUUUGUCUCCUCCAUCCCCGUGGAUUAUAUCUUCCUGAUCGUGGAGAAGGGGAUCGACUCUGAGAUGUAUAAGACGGCCAGGGCCCUGAGGAUCGUACGCUUCACUAAGAUCCUGAGCCUGCUGAGGCUGCUGAGGUUGUCCCGGCUCAUCCGCUACAUCCACCAGUGGGAAGAGAUCUUCCAUAUGACCUAUGACCUGGCCAGUGCAGUAAUGCGUAUCUUCAACCUGAUUGGUAUGAUGCUGCUGCUGUGUCACUGGGAUGGCUGUCUGCAAUUCCUGGUUCCCAUGCUGCAGGACUUCCCCCAGGACUGCUGGGUCUCCCUCAACAAGAUGGUGAAUGACACAUGGUCUGAGCUGUAUUCAUUUGCAGUGUUCAAGGCAAUGAGCCACAUGUUGUGUAUCGGCUACGGUCGGCAGGCCCCGGAGAGCCUGUCUGAUAUCUGGCUCACCAUGCUCAGCAUGAUCGUAGGGGCCACCUGCUACGCUGUGUUCAUAGGCCAUGCCACCGCACUCAUCCAGUCCCUGGACUCGUCCCGACGACAGUACCAGGAGAAGUACAAACAAGUGGAGCAGUACAUGUCCUUCCACAAGCUGCCAUCCGACUUCCGACAGAAAAUCCAUGACUAUUAUGAGCACCGGUACCAGGGGAAGAUGUUUGAUGAAGACAGCAUCCUAGAGGAACUGAACGAACCACUCAGAGAGGAAAUUGUCAAUUUCAACUGCCGUAAGCUGGUGGCGUCCAUGCCGCUGUUCGCCAACGCAGAGCCCAACUUUGUGACAGCCAUGCUGAUCAUGCUCCGCUUUGAGGUCUUCCAGCCUCGUGAUUACAUCAUCAGAGAGGGCACCAUCGGCAAGAAGAUGUACUUUAUCCAGCACGGAGUCUGUAAUGUCAUCACCAAGGGAACCCUGGGAAUGAAGCUCUCUGAUGGCUCCUACUUUGGAGAGAUCUGUUUGCUGACGCGGGGUCGGCGUACGGCCAGCGUCAGAGCGGACACCUACUGCCGUCUCUACUCCCUGUCUGUGGACAACUUUAAUGAGGUGCUGGAGGAGUAUCCCAUGAUGAGACGGGCCUUUGAGACCGUGGCCAUUGACCGACUGGACCGCAUAGGCAAGAAGAACUCCAUUCUGAUGCACAAAGUGCAGCACGACCUCAACUCCGGCGUCUUCAACAACCAUGAGAAUGAGAUGAUCCAGGAGAUUGUUAAGUACGACCGUGAGAUGGUCAAACUGGUGGACCUCCAGAGACCCCGCACCAUGUCCAUGACAUCCUCCGUCCCCGGGGGCAUGUUCUCCCCCGCAGGCCCAUCCGGGGUCGGGGCCCUCGCCAGCCUCCAGCAGGCUGUGGCCAUGAGCUUCUGCCCCCAGGGGAUGGGGCCGAUGGGGGGAAUGGGGAUGGGGCCGAUGGGGGGAAUGGGGAUGCCGGGGAUGGGGCCGAUGGGGAUGGGGCCAGGUCCGAUAGGGCCAGGGUCAGCGUCUGGGUCAGGGUCAGGGACGCUGCAGUCCCCCCGUAUGCUGCGGAGGUUCCAGGUGGUCCAUAGCCUGUCACAGAGCCCUGUUUCCGCAUCUCCUCUCCAGUCCCAGCCACCACAGAUGGCUCAUGCAACAGGAGUGUUUGGGUCGGCUAUUUCCAGCCCACCAGUCCAGAGCCCUCUGGCGCAUCCAGGACGGACAUUCCAGUACAUGGGGGGAGCCGUGCCGUCUGGGUCUCAGCUGUCCCUGGUGCAGCACCAUGUUCCCAGCCCCACGCACACCAUCCAGAGGCCCUCCUCACACAAAAGCACCCACUCGCUCCACUCAGGCACCCUUAGCCAAGAUGCCCGUGUCCUCUCCGCCUCCCAGCUCUCCCUCCCUCAGGAUGGAACCCCUCCUGCCGGCCCCAGCCCUCCCCAAUCUACCCACCCAUCCACCCAUGCCUCCUCCACCUCCAUCGGCCCCCCUCAGCCCACUCACCCCAGCCAGCCUGGGCCCUCUGGGGUGGGGGUCCAGGUUGGGGGGAGACCCGCGGGAGUUCCACAGCGGGUGGCCUUCGCCUCCACUCCUCCCCCAGGAGGAGCACCCGGGAUGGGGGCAGCUGCAGCGGCGGCUGGGUCGGGGCUCCCGGCCCCUGGAGCUCCUAAGAAGGAUUCGAUCGUCAGCAUACCGGAGUUAGACUCAGCCCGGAACCGGCUGUCUUCCAACUUGUGACCCUAUGAGAGCUGCAGGAGAGAGGCCUUCUUCACAUGGGUGAAUCUAAACGUCUGUUUAUCUCUGUCUGGAUGACCUGACUGGUCGGCUUCCUUACUGACCUGGCUGGCUUCAUAUGGGCCACACCGUCAGUCAUUCUAACUGAAUGUCCUGUGUGUCGGUCGGAGUCAACAAAGAGGAAAGAGGAACUCUUUGGCUCGUGUGACUUGGAGAGUCGAAACAAUUAAACUAGUUUAACAAAGGUGGGACUGGACUAUUCUACUAUGCCAGCACCUGUAGUCUUAGUAUCACCCCUUACACUCUGCUUCCAAACACCUAUAUUGCUGUCUUUAUUGUAAAGAUAUUGAGAAACAACAUCAUUAAUGUAACUGUUGCAUACUGUGUAGAAUCCAUACAAUGCAAUCUAGCAGGAGCUGGACUUAAAAACGCAAAUUCAGGGACUUGAAUCAAAUGACAAUGAUGACAUUUUACGCUUUCAGAAUGUGUUUUUAGGUGUCCUUUUUUCUGUAAACGCUGUUGUAGCAAAAUAAAUACAUUGCUCUUCAUAUUGUUUAAAAUAGUAGUGAAGGUAGUGUUUUAGACCGCUGGUCGAUCUUACAUCGAUGUGUAAAUAGUUAAAAUAGUAAAAAAAAAAUACCGAAAGGUAAUAUCUUCAUUGUAACUACUCCAAACCAAAGUUGAGCUUAAACACAAAGUUUGGUUGUGUCUGUAUCAACUAAAAAAGAAAUAUAGAAGAAAAUGCCAUUUAUUCAACUGCCUUGAUUCCAAGUUUAGAAGCCAUAUAUUUGGUUUGUGUGUGUGUGUGUGUGUGUGUGUGUGUGUGUGUGUGUGUGUGUGUGUGUGUGUGUGUGUGUGCGGGUGCGGGUGCGGGUGUGUGUGCGUGCGUGAGUUGGUAUGAAUUUUUUUGGUUCCAUUCUGUUUUUCCAAGAGAGCUGACUUGUGUACUCAUAUCUUUACACUGCGUUGUCAGGCCUGGUUGUUGGAUUUGCUGGCAAUGGCACAGGCAAUAUUUCCCAGCUUCUCUGUCCAACUAAAUGUGUCUGGAAAGAUAUCCACUUGUCAUGUCAGCAGAAAUAUACUGAUUGUGACCCUGGAGGCAAAAAUGGUGGUAAAUCAUCUGAGCUUUAUCAAAAAGAACCAUCACAAACAACCCAUACUGUAUACUUGCUUGUUUUCAUCCAGGUUUAUUGAUUAAUACAUGCAAUAUAAUUCUGCAAUACUUUUACCCCGCCUAUAUAUUUAAAUAUAUAUAUAUAAAAUGUAUAUACAUAUGCUGUACAGGUAACUAAUUUCUUUAUUUUUACUGUGAAACCUUAAAGAAUCCAGCAGCUGCCGUGGCUUCACAUGUUGUGUUAUUGUAAUCCAGUGACCACGUUGUUUUCUUAACCAAAAAUAUCAGAGGAAGUGAGUGGAUGUAAUUAUUUUGUGGAUCAAAUGAGGCAAACUGGUUUCAAACUGGUUCAUGGUCACCUGAGGAUUCCGGAAUGGAGUUAAUGGAAAUCAACUCCCCCAAACUGUCACUUUAAAGUCCAUUUAAAGUAAUAUUGUAUGUUGUAAAGAAAGACUAAGUAAUUGACAGAAUGCAUGCCAAUGGGAAAUGUUGUGUGGCAGAGGAGGAAAGUAUGUCUUCACCUGUGUGUUUUUGGUGUAGUAUGUGAUACAGCUCCUUCGAAUCUCAAACUCUACGAAUGUCUGUACGGAAAUUAUUUAUUCUUCAACAACCCUAUUUAGUUCUCAAAAUUCAUGGUUGUGGCGGGUUGUGACAUUGAUUAUAAAUAUUCUAAUGAUUCUAAUCCUGGUGUACUUCAAAGCCUUCUCUUGCUGAAUGUAUGCCAUAUGAGGGGGAAGACAGCUAAUCAGAAAUAAACUGCCAUGUAAAUACAAGGACCGAAAUUAUUCUGGGUGACGAUGCGAAGGGAGAUUGUGUCGCUGAAUGUUUGUGCAAUGUUUCUUAGGUUUAUUGCUUCUCUGGUCUGGGUGUGUUCUUUAUGUAAACUGUGUGUUACCCCAUUCUCUGUUCUAUGACAAGACAAUACACUUUUUUUAAAUGAUUGGAUGUAGGACAGAGAGUUGAAACCAUUUUCAGUUUG